AGAAGUCAAGGAUCUGAGUGGACAGAAAUGGCUGGGAACAACUUCACGGAGGUGACAUUCUUCAUCCUCUCUGGAUUUGCAAAUCACCCUGAACUACAAAUCAGCCUCUUCUUGAUGUUUCUUUUUAUUUAUCUCUUCACUGUUUUGGGGAACCUUGGACUAAUUCUGUUAAUCAGAAUCGACUCUCAGCUCCACACACCUAUGUACUUUUUCCUUAGCAAUUUAGCAUCCAUUGAUGUAUUUUAUUCCACUACUGUAACACCCAAGGCACUGGUAAAUCUCCAGUCAAUCCGGAAAACCAUCUCCUUUGUUGGCUGCUUUGUUCAGAUGUACUUUUUUGUGGGUUUAGUGUGUAGUGAGUGCUUUCUUCUGGGGUCCAUGGCCUAUGACCGCUAUGUAGCUAUCUGCAAUCCCUUACUGUAUUCUGUGGUCAUGUCCCAGAAGGUGUGCAGGGGCUUGGGAGUCAUGCCUUAUAUGAUCGGCUUCACCAAUUCUCUGGUCUCCAUCUGUGUGAUCAGCAGAUUGGCAUUCUGUGAUGUCAGCAUCAAUCAUUUUUUCUGUGACACCACAGCUCUUCUGGCCCUGUCCUGCGUGGAUGCAUUCAACACAGAAAUGGUGAUCUUUGUUUUAGCUGGCUUCACCCUUCUUAGCUCUCUCUUCAUCAUCACAGUCACCUACAUGGCCAUCAUCUCAGCCAUCCUGCAGAUCCGGUCUGCAGCAGGCAGACAGAAAGCCUUUUCAACCUGUGUGUCCCACAUCAUGGGGGUGACCAUCUUCUAUGGGUCCCUGAUUUUCACUUAUCUGCAGCCUGAGAACACAUCCUCCUUGACCCAGGCACAGGUGGCAUCUGUAUUCUACACCAUUGUUAUUCCCAUGCUGAAUCCGCUUAUCUAUAGUUUGAGGAACAAAGAUGUAAAAAAUGCUCUUCUGAAAGCAUUUCAAAAACUGUUUCCAUGACAAAUCUGUGCAUGUUGCAAUUAAAGCAAACCUGGAGUGUUUCAGGCAUUCAAUGGCUCAAAAAUUUCGGAACUAGUGGAGUAACCCCCAAAAGAAUAAGACAAAAUAAAUGGUAACAGAGUCAUGAAAUGCAGGAGGUGAAUUAUCAUUUUAUUUGUUGAUAUGGAAUACUGGAUCAUCAUGUAAGGGGUUCAUUUCAGUACAUAAAUUAUUCAGACUUAGACAUGCCCAGAUUUGUAAAACAUCU